UUGAAGAAGUAACCGCCUUUCUCGGGCGUCGUUGCUUCUGACGCUUCCUUUCCAUUUCUCCCACCGCUGGAGUUGCGACUAGAUCAACCUGCUCUCAGCCCAGCCUACCCAGAAUUGCAACAUGAGCUCCCACAGUAAGGUGUCUGGGGUUAGCGAAGGUAUCGACCCCAAGAGCGAGGAGCAGGCCAGCCCCAGCGGCCUGGGAGCCCUUCGGGCACCUGAACUAGGCUUGGAUUUGGGGCUGUCGGGGAACGGCGAGGGCCAGGGCCAGGGCCAGGGUCAGGGCCAGGGCCAGGGCCAGGGCCAGGGCCUGGGUCAGGGCCAGGGCCAGGGCCAGGGCCAGGGCCUGGGCCUGGGCCAGGGCCAGGGUGGAGGAGAGGGUAGGCCCAGUGGAGGAGAGCGUAGGCCCGCAAGCCCGCAGUCCCCCAAGUGGCAGUUGGAGUUGGACUCCGGGUGUGAGUCCGAGUCCGAGCUGGAAAUGAGCCAGGUGGGGGCAGUGGUGCUUCGUGGCUUCCAGGCCCAGCCUUCCAUACCCGCCUCUAAUGAAGAGGGUGCUGUGGGUUUCACGGCCCAGUUUGCUGAGUCCUAUGCAGCCAUAGUGCAGCCACUGAGCCACAUGGGUGCCGGGGCCUUGCGUAAAUCCCCAGGUAUAGGAAGGAGCGCCGCGGAGGCGGCCGCCAUUUCGGCACCUGUCGAGGCAGGCCCCAGCGGUAGAGGCCCACUGAGCUGUGAGGAAUCACUGCAGGCUUGUGCUUCCUCUCAUCACAUGAGUGCUCCCAGGGAAGGCCGGGCCCAGGAACACAGUAAGAAAAGAGAUGGCAAUCAUAACAUGAGUGGCAGUACUAGUGUCCAGAGCGCCUGCGAGGAAGGUGCAGUGGGGCUGCCUUCCGACUCUGAGUCCUCAGAUGAGCAGGAGGAGAUACAGCCCAUGAGGGUGAGCAUUCAGUUUAAAAGAGGAGGUCAGGCCAAGGGCAGCAGUAUGGAGGUCCCGGGACAGAAUCCAAGGACUGUGACUGCCCACUGCAGGGAGAAAUUUCCACACACGUCAGGGCCUCUCCUGACCUCUGCUCCCCGCCAUCUCAAUUGGGCCGUGGAAAGACAGGCAGUGGGAGAGCCGGGACCCUCUUCCAAAAAAAUGCAAAGUGUGCUCUCUGGGAGGGGAGUGGGCAGGCCCAGCCACAUAAGUGUUACUGCCGCCGCUGCUGCCGCCGCCGCCACCACCACCACCACCACUACCACCACUGCUACUGGUGCAGGGGGCCUGCUCCUGGGCACUCCUAGGAGGAAGCCCCUCCAGGAGAAGAGAUCCCUAGGUGUUGCCUCCGAAGUUGUCCUGGGGAUAACCUUUGCUCCAUGGGGGCACAGGCAGUCAGCAACGCCUGUGGAACCAGCCGUCCUUCCUCCAGUCUCUGGUAUUUCACUGCUUGAAAAGCCUAGCACAUCUUCCCCACUCCCUUGGGGAUCCAAACAGUCCAAACAAGGUGGAGCUGGGAAGAAACCCGGGGCCAAGAGCAAGUCCCAGACUGUGGCCGGUAGAGAUCACGGCCCAUACAGAGACCCAAUGGCCCAACUUCCAGCACGCAGGCCUGGGGUACCUUCUCGGUACAUGCAUCAUGGAGAACUCAGCAGUGGGAGCUCCCACACACGAGAUCACCAAAUUCCAGAACAUGGACCACUUUUGUCCCUCAACCAGGCUGGAGUCACCCCCAGGGGCCCUGCAUUCCCUGGUGAGUCUGGAGACCAGGAGCCACCUGUCCGUCCUCGGAGACCAGCAGUGCAGCAGUUACCACGCGGAAUCGAGGGCUGUCCUCGGUGUGUCGUGCUAGAGAAUGAAGCGGAGAACCUUAGAGAGAAGCUAGCGAUCAUGCGAUCUCUGGCCGAGAAGUUCCAGAACCUGUGAAGUUGGAGCCAGCGUCUUCUACCAGACAAGCACCUAAUACCUGUGAAGUCUGGGAGCUGCAACCCAGCUGCUUCCCUCUGGCUCCUCUUCAACCAGCGCUUCCUCUCCCCCUCUGCUUUUGUCCCCUUCCUACCCCAGUUCCCAGUAGUUUCAACCUGAAGUGUCUCCCAUGGUCUGUGCUCUGCCCACUCUGGAGAGUGGGGAGCUGCUCCAUCUCCGAGCGUUUAGGAAACUAAGUUGUGUGUUACUGCACAGUAGUAAGAAUAUGGAUAAUGACAAUGUAUUGUGUAUUUGUGAAGAAAGCAAACUUUGAAGAAAUGGCUUUGAAUGUUUUCACCCUAAAGACAUAUUCGGUGUUUAUAGAUAGAUAUGUUUACCCUGGUUGGGCAUUGCAGACUGUAUAUAUGUCUUAACAUACAUGAAAAUACACAGUUUUAUAUAUCUGUUAGAAAUUUAACAAAUUAAUAAAAAAAGCAUCC